AUGGAACCGCCGACGAAGCGGGCUUGCACAGCAGCCUGCAGUUUGUCUUCUCUUCGUGGCACCGCAACUGCAGCUGUCCAUGCAGACACCUUGGCGGUGGAAGAGGAGGCUAUGCCAGCAUGGGCAUUCUCUACAGCUGAGGAUGUGGCGCCCCCACUCAGCCUCAGCACAACCUUCACAGUCCCAGACAGCGGCCAGGGACACAUCUACAGCCGCAUCUCUGCGCCCACGCGGAGCCGCUGCGAAACUCUCUUGGGGAGCAUCGAGGGCAGCGAGGAGCAGCCGGCCCAUGCUGUGCUGUACAGCUCGGGCCUGGCUGCUGCUUUUGCACUGUUUGCACACUUCCUGCCCACGCGGGUCUUCAUUUCUGGCGGCUACCACGGGACACAUCAGGUUCUGGGCCAACUUCAGAAGAUCUCAGUGGGAGGCCGCUGCAAGUGUGAGCCCUUGCCGAGUCCUGGAGAGCUGGCAUCAUCUUUGAAGUCCGGUGAUCUCAUCUGGUUGGAGACGCCUCUGAAUCCCUCCUGCGAUGUGGCUGACAUCAAAGCCUACGUGGCGGCAGCAAGGGGCUGUCCCGGCGUCCAUGUGGCUGUGGAUGGCACGUUCGCACCGCCACCGCUGCAGCGGCCCCUGCUGCUGGGUGCAGAUGCUGUGAUGCACGCUACCACCAAGUCCCUGGCAGGGCACUCCGAUGCGCUGGGGGGCGCCGUUUGCGUCGCCAGCGCCGAGGUAGCGGAUCAACUGAGGAAGGACCGGAUGGCACUUGGCUCAACGCCCGGGAGCCUGGAGGUCUGGCUGCUGCUCCGUUCUCUGCGCACCUUGCACCUGCGGGUGCAGCGGCAGUCGGCCACGGCCACGCUCCUGGCCGAGUGGCUCCAGCUCGCGACCGCGGGCGAUACUUCCCACGCCCUCUCUGGACUGAUCCACGCAGUGCACCACCCAUCGCUGAAGACACACCCGAAUCAUGCUGUUGCUAUAGUGCCUCGGCAUGCCUUUGGCCAGAUGUUCUUGAAUCCAGCUCAGAAGUAUUCUGACCGUCCGAAACCUAAGCAGCAAGCUCGAGUAGUGUCUACGAUGUGUUGGUGUUCCCGGUUCGGUUGGGUUUGGCAGAACACCGGCCCUCUCUCCACACCUACUCCUCCAUACAGUGUACAUUGUAUGUGUGCGUGCUCGAGUUGA